CAGCCGCUCUCUCAUCGUUUAUUUUUGAGAUUCGACCAUCACGGCUUUUUUCUCUGCUAUACCGUUGUUGUUGUCAUCGUCGUUUUCGCAGUUUUUCAUCAAAGAACGCGCGCGCACUCGGUGCUGCUGCUCUCGUCUUUUUUUUUCAAGUUUUUCUCCUUUGUGCUCGGCUCGGACAAAAGGCUUCUCUCUGUCUCUCUCUCUCUCUCUCUCUCUCUUGAGCCGACGGUGUUGCUGAAAUAUCGCGCGCGAUUUCGUUGUUGCGGAGCUUUUGUCGAGCCAGCGAACGCGAGAGCGCAACACUUUUGUUUUACUGCAAUAAAAUCGGCUGUGAAUCACCGCGAGUUGCCAAGUGCGCGUGAAGUUUUGCCGAGAUAAGAAGAGAAUACUUACUUACUUCUGAAGCUUUUCGCAGAUAAUAAUAUAGUACUUGGACGAAUUGGCGCUCAGUGUUGAGGAGGGAGAUAAAAAAGCCUGACCAAACUAAUAUAGAUAAAAAAUGGAUUCCGAGGAGGAAACACUUUAUGACGACGUUGAUUCUGGCAAUGAAUCCAGCGGAGAUGACGUUGACUUUGCCAUGGAAAUUGAGUCGAACAAUCCUCGUGAAAGAGCCAGUGAAGCUGAUGAAUAUCCAUUCGAAGUUCUUUCAACUGAAGAAAUUGUUCAACAUAUGGUAGAUACCAUAAAAGAAGUUAACACAGUAGUAGAAAUUCCAGCCACAACAACUCGAAUUUUGCUAAAUCACUUUAAGUGGGACAAAGAAAAAUUAAUGGAGAGAUUUUACGAUGGAGAUCAGGAGAAAUUGUUUGCAGAAGCUCAUGUUAUAAAUCCUUUUAGAAAAGGUCCUGUAAUUAGUAGAAAUCGUUCUUCCCAAAAUUUAAUGUCAAGGCAUAAUUCAACAAAUGGAACAGAAGAAUGUGGAGUUUGUUUCAUGACUUUACCAACAUACAUGAUGACUGGGUUAGAAUGUGGCCACAGAUUCUGUACCGGUUGUUGGGGUGAAUACCUUCAAACUAAGAUCAUGGAAGAGGGAGUGGGUCAAACGAUAGCUUGUGCUGCUCACGCUUGUGACAUUUUAGUAGAUGAUGCCAGCGUUAUGCGCUUAGUGAAAGAUUCAAAAGUUAAAUUAAAGUAUCAGCAUCUUAUCACAAAUAGUUUUGUUGAGUGUAACAGACUGUUAAGGUGGUGUCCAUCUCCGGAUUGCAACAAUGCGAUCAAAGUUCAGUAUGUGGAGCCAAAGCCUGUAACCUGCAAGUGCAAUCAUACCUUCUGUUUCCAUUGCGGCGAAAACUGGCAUGACCCAGUAAAGUGCCAUCUCUUGCGCAAGUGGAUAAAGAAGUGCGACGAUGAUUCGGAAACAUCUAACUGGAUCGCGGCUAACACAAAAGAGUGCAUUAAAUGUAAAGUAACAAUCGAGAAAGACGGUGGGUGUAAUCACAUGAUUUGCAAGAACCAGAACUGCAAGACUGAGUUCUGUUGGGUUUGUCUUGGACCAUGGGAACCACAUGGUUCAAGCUGGUACAAUUGCAACAGAUACGACGCGGAAGAUGCGAAGACGGCCAGGGACGCCCAAGAGAAGUCAAGAGCAGCCCUGCAAAGAUAUCUGUUCUACUGUAACAGAUACAUGAACCACAUGCAGUCGCUCAAGUUCGAAAACAAGCUGUACGCAAGCGUGAAAGAAAAGAUGGAAGAGAUGCAGCAGCACAAUAUGUCUUGGAUAGAGGUUCAGUUUUUAAAGAAGGCUGUAGACAUUUUAUGCUCGUGCAGACAGACACUAAUGUACACCUAUGUCUUUGCUUAUUAUCUGAAGAAAAAUAAUCAGUCUGUGAUGUUUGAAGAUAACCAAAAGGAUUUAGAAAGUGCAACUGAAACUCUUUCGGAGUAUCUAGAAAGAGAUAUCACUAGUGAAAAUUUGGCAGAUAUUAAGCAAAAGGUUCAGGAUAAGUACAGAUACUGUGACAGUCGAAGGAAACUGCUUUCAGAACAUGUGCAUGAAGGUUAUGAAAAAGAAUGGUGGGAGUAUAUGGACUAGAUAGUUUUAAAUUAAUUCCGUUCUGUCCUUUAAAAUGAGAAGACAACUUCCACACUUCAAUCCAGCUGUGAUAAAACAUAAAAGCUGAGGAGAGACAUUAUAAAGCAUCACAGAUAACCAAACAAAAAAAGAUAAUGUGCAUUCUAACAUAUUAAUUAUGUUAGUAAAUAUAACAUGAGUUCACGGUACGUUCACUUUAUUCUGAGAAUAGGCCGGUCAAAUUAGAUUUUUUCGCUGCAAAAAUUCCUGAUAGCAAUUUUAUUGUUGGAAAUGGUCAGGAACGGUAUGUAGAACAAUAAUAUCUGGAAGAAAGCCACCCAUUUGGUACGCUAACUUUUUAAUAAACAAUUAAAGUUCGAUUUCGGCACUUUUUUUCACAUUUUCCUCGGCGGUUCGAAAAGUAUUGAUUUUAGCGUAAAAAGUUUGAAGUAAAAGUUGUUCAUUAUUUAAUUCUCUAAAAAAAAGUCAGCGAGAGCGCCCCUCUAAGUCUAUUAGUUUACUUGCAAAUUGGAAAAAAACAGAAUUCGUCAAAAUCAAAAUUUGUUAAUAACUUUUGAAAAAAUUACUUUAUUUUAUUGAUAAUUUAGGAAAAUGUACUACUCUAUAGUCCAAACUAGCAUGCCCAGUUUCAAGCUUCUAUCAAAUACAGUUUUUGUUAAAUAGAUAUUUCAAAAAAUUUUUUUUUUCACAAUACGAUUUGGAUGUGAAAAAAUUAUUUUGAUUAGGCGCCGUAGCUUGUGAUUAAAGUGAAAGCACCUCGGUGCCAAUUUAUAUACCUUCAAUAAGUAAACUGUACGAAUAAUAUUUAAGUAGUUGAUAUUGAAUUUUGAUUGUCUAUUAUUAAAAUAACUUAAAUAACAAAAGACGUUUCUCAAAUUUAAAAAUUGCAAUAAAUAAAUUAAUUGCACGCAAACAUGAAAAAUUGGAAAAAACUAAUUUUUUAUUGUUUAAAUAAAUUCAAAUCUUAUAUCUGACGGCGCUAUAGUUAUUUUUUUGUUACGCUACCCCAAAUUAAAAAAAGAAAGAUGAAAAAAGAAUCAUUUUUGGCUAAAUUACGCCAUUUUUUUCCGAGCGUCCUGAUUUGAAACUUACUUUUCAGUUCCGAACUGUGAGCGCGCGAGCAUACCCCCACUCCGUUUCCCACGGCGCCGUCGGGCGUAAUUGUCCGAUCACGUUUUUCCAUUACAGUUUUGACAAUUGAAAAUCCACAUGAAAGCAACAACUAAUAAUUAUGCAUAAACUACAAAUCAUUAACUGCAUUUUCAAAUUUCAAACAUGACGAUAUCUUUUUUAUUCACGAAGUAAUAGCUUGCUAUAAAAAAAAACGUAACUUGGCUCCUAAUGCUCGUAAACAAACGACUUUUUUUUAAAUUAGAUAAAAAUCGGUGCUUUUGAAUGGACUUUAUUCGAUUUUGAUCAGACUUAAAUCAUGUCUCUGGGAGGAAAGUUAAUUAAGCACUUUAUAAAUAUUAGCAUCCAGGGGCGCUCCUAAUUAAAAUUUCGUGGUUUUCGAAAGAGUUUAUUGAAAUAUAACUCUUUCGCAAACUUUUUACGCUAAAAUCAAUACUUUUCGAACCGCCGAGGAAAAUGUGAAAAAAAGUGCCGAAAUCGAACUUUAAUUGUUUAUAAAAAAUUUAGCGUACAAAAUUGGCAGCUUUCUUCCAGAUAUUAUUGUUCUGCAUACCGUUCCUGACCAUUUCCAACAAUAAAAUUGCUAUCAGGAAUUUUUGCAGAAAACGAGGUCUCCAGAGGCUAAUUUGACUGGCGAAGAAGCGGAACUACUAUAUUAGUGAAUAAUAUAACAAUAAAAAUUUCAACCGAUUUGAAAAAAUACAUUGAAUUCAAUAUUCUUACACAUGCUGCAAACAAACACCGUUAAAAUUGUGAAAUUUUAUUAAGCGGUGAUCAGCCUUCACUAAUUUAACGUAAUUCAUUCAUUACUACAGUGAUUUCAAUUUGGACAAAUUAUAAUAUAAAUUUAAAAGUAAAAAUGUAAUAACGAUCAAUCACUUAUGCAUCAUUUAAUGACUUAUCGCAAUAAUCUUAAUUUGAUCGGUUUUUCUAUUAUGAGAGUAUAUAAAUUGAUAAUUACAAAAUUUAAAAAGAUGCUUUAAACACGUAUGGAUGAUACUGUAAUCCGGAAGACCACGAACUGCGAAGUUUUUUUAUUAUACACUCUCGAAAUGGCUUAUUUUAUUUUCUCUAAGGUGGUUCAUGUAUGUUUUAAAAACAAUUGAAUCAGCACAA